AUGGCGAAUUCCGAAGCCGUGGCGGAGUCCGUCGACACCAAGAAGAGCAAUGUGAAGUACAUCGCCACAUGCACCGUUCAUGCCUCCAUGGCCUCCUUGAUCCUUGGCUAUGGCCUUGGCGUACUGAUCGGCGCGGCGCUGUACAUCAAGAAGGACCUCAAGAUCACUGACGUGCAGCUGGAGGUCCUGAUGGGCGUCCUGAGCCUCUACUCGGUCAUCGGAUCCUUCGCCGCCGGCCGGACAUCCGACUGGAUCGGCCGACGCCGCACCGUCAUCCUCACUGCGGGCAUCUUCUUGGCCGCCGCGCUGCUCAUGGCCUUGUCCGUCAACUACGCCAUGCUCAUGGCCGGCCAGUUCGUGGCCGGCGUCGGGGCCGGUUACGCGAUCAUGAUCCCUCCCGUGUACGCCGCCGAGAUAUCGCCGCCGUCGUCCCGCGGCCUCAUGUCGUCCUUGCCGGAGGUGUUCGGCUGCGCCGGUGUGCUCCUCGGCUACCUGUCGAACUACGCGUUCGCCCGGCUCCCUCUCUACCUCGGCUGGCGCGUCAUGGUCGGCGUCAACGCCGUGCCAUCCGUCCUCCUCGCCGUGUUGGUGCUCGGCAUGCCGGAGUCUCCCCGGUGGCUCGUCCUCAAGGGCCGGCUCAGAGACGCCAGGGUCGUGCUGGAGAAGAUCACCGAGACGCCGGAGGAGGCGGCGGGCAGCCUAGCCGACAUCAAGGCGGCCGCGGGCUUGCCGGAAGGCGUCGAUGGCGACGUGGUCACCGUGCCCAAGAGGAGCGGCGGCGAAGAGUGGCAGGUUUGGAAGGACCUUGUCUUCUCCCCGUCCCCGGCCAUGCGGCGAAUCCUGCUCUCGGCGCUCGGCAUCCACUUCUUCCAGCAGGCCUCCGGCAUCGAUGCCUUCGUCCUCUACAGCCCCCGCAUCUUCAUGGGCGCCGGCAUCACCGACGACCGCCGCCUCCUCGGCAUCACCUGCGCAUUGGGCGUGACGAGGACGCUCGUCACCUUGGGUGCCAUGUUCCUGCUCGACCGCGUCGGCCGGCGACCCCUGCUGCUGGUCAGCACGGGCGGCAUGGCCGUCGCCCUCGCCGGCCUCGCCGCGGCGCUCACCAUAACGACCGACCGGCUCCGCCCGGACGCCGAGGCACGGUGGGCGAACGGCCUCGCCGUAGCGUGCACCGUGGCGUACAACGCCGCCUACUCCGCCGGAAUCGGCACCGUCGCGUGGGUGUACAGCUCGGAGAUCUUCCCGCUGCGGGAGCGGGCGCUCGGCUGCGCGAUCGGCGUGGCGUUCAACCGCGCCGUCAGCGGCGUGGUCGGCAUGACCUUCCUGUCGCUGUCGAAGGCCAUCACCAUCGGCGGCGCCUUCUUCCUCUACGCCAGCAUGACCGUGAUUGCGUGGGUGUUCGUCUUCACCUGCCUUCCCGAGACUCGUGGGCGGACGCUGGAGGAGAUGGGCAAGCUGUUCGGCAUGGGCAACACAAGCAAUGUAGAAGCCCAAGACCGCGAUGAGGAUUGUAAAGCGGUGGAAAUGCCGAUGGCAAAUUAGGCUAUGUUUUCUACAAGAAAAAGGAGCAAUGAAGGAAGCA